AUGUCCGAUAGUGAUGAAACUGGCGAAGAAUCAGCGGAAGGCAUUGAUAUUAGUUCUGAGAAAGAUGAACAAGAAGUGGGAAGUGCAGCGGCAAGCAGUUUGGAAGAAGAAAUUUCUCGAAAUUUCAAAUAUGGAACAUUGUGCGAAUGCUUAGAUCGUAUGCAGCGAAUUCAUUUCAAGAAUAAGUUCGGCAAGCAGCGAUUAUUAAAAGCAUUAGUUACAAAAUGGACAGCGAAUGCUUCUAAAUUUACAAAUAAGGCCGUUAGCUUUUACCCAGUUUUACGUAUUAUGGCUAAUUCAUUGGAUCGACGAAAAUUUCGGAUGAAAUCCAAGCGAGUUAUAUCGAAAGUAUGCGAAGUGUUGUUUUUUCCUCCAAAGACGAAGAAGGAAUUGUUGCAGAUAGAUUCCAAGAGUGCAGACCAGUCGAUUAUGAAAAUAGCAGAAGAAGUUUCAAUGCGAAAUCCAGCUAUUGCUAAACGUGAGCUGUCUCUUUUUGAUGUAAACGAUUCGCUGUGCAAAAUAACGAAAGGAGAAAUAAGUAACGAAGAACUAGAGAAGCUUUUAAAGGCCUGCGCAACAGUACGCGAAGUUUACUGGCUUUUGCAAGUAUUGGUUCGUAAGAUUGAACGCUCCUUAAACGUAACAUCCGCAAAUUUAAUAAGUUGGAUACAUCCGAAUGGAGCUGAAUUAUAUCAAUCUGGCGUCAGUUUACGGGAAAUAUGUGAUCUUGCUGCGGAAGGUAAAAUGACAGAUAACUCGAGCAUGCUUUUCCGCCGUUUUGAACCAAUGUUAUUAUCAAGAAUCAGGCACGGUACUGGAGAUGUUUAUAACAAACUGGUUCGUUUCUGUGGCCAAGAAUUUUAUGUGGAAUUAAAAUAUGACGGUGAACAUUUCUUGCUGCACAGAGGACCGAAUUGCGAAAUGCGAUAUUACUCGCGGGUUCAGAAUGACUUUACAAAUACCAUAGCACCAAUACUGGAUCAUAGAAUCAAUCCAUAUUUUGCUCCUUCUGUUGAAAGUUGUGUACUGGACACUGAAUUAUUACUCUGGGAUACCAUUGACGAAAGAUUUGUUGGUCAUAACGAGCAGGCAUCGGAUGGUCGCAUUUAUGAUGUGAAAGCUCUGAGAACAGAUGGUGCAGUAGAACCAAGUGUUGCUGUAUUUGACAUUUUAUUUUUGAAUGGAAAACCACUAAUAGAUGUUCCACUGAAUGAAAGACUUGCCCUUCUUCAAAGUGGGAAUGUUUUACAGAAGCAAGACGAGACCAAAAUAUUCGUGUCAAAGUUCACCGUCGUCAAAACGAGAGAAGAAUUUGCUUCAAUAUACGAAGAAGCUGUAAUAAAUGGUCAAGAGGGCAUCGUGGCGAAGAAAAUGGAUUCGACCUAUAAAAUGGGCAUGCGUCACAUGGCAAAUGGUUGGUUUAAGGUAAAACCGUUCCACUUGGGUAAUGAGACACUGGAUCUUGCAAUUGUUGGUGUCGAUCUUGGUAGAAAUGAUAAAAUCAGUAAUUAUUGUGUAGCUACGCUUAGAGAUGGUAAGUUCUUCAUGGUCGGCAAAGUAGGAACAGGAUUAGACGACACGACACGUACAUUUAUCAAAAAUCGUUUGACGCGAGAUUGUGGAUUCUUCAAAAGUGACAGGAUUCCAAGCUGGAUUCAUGAAGAUUAUACAUCAAACGAUUUGCCAACUCAUUUUAUAAAACAGGAUAACAUACAAGUUGUUGAGAUUCGAGCCAAAGGAUUAAGAAAUAGCCGAUUGUAUGCUCCGACUCUGAAAACAUAUCGGGAUGACAAAUAUGUAAAAGACAUCGACCAGUAUCAAGCAUUUUUAGACUUCGAUAAGAAUUUACGUCUAGGCAGUAUAAAAAAUGCUCAGAACAUAACACAUUCAAAAAAGCGAAUAACAACCGUACACGUACUUGAAAAAUAUCAAGCUAAGAAAGCACGGAUCAAUGAAAUAAAUCAAGACCUGAAAGGGAAACAAAUUUGUGUCUUAAGAGGUACCUCUGAUGUAACAACCCAGGACUUGCAGGAGAUCAUUAUUUCAUUUGGUGGAAUUCACGUCGCUAAUCCAGGUCCGAAAACACUUUUUGUUGUAACUGGAGAGCCCAAACAUGUGAAAUCAAAGUCGAUUAUUAAAAGUAACAAAUAUAAUGUGGUCAGUGCAGAUUGGCUUGUAGCAUGCAGAAAUGUGAGCAAAGUCAUACCUAUAACGAAGAAGGAAGCUAUUCACGUUGUUGACGACAGUCUUUAUUCAUUAUUUGGAGAUGAUAGAGAAUUGGGAACUUCCCUCAUAUCAGCGAACCCUACUGCAUAUACAAUUGCAAGUGUCAGUGGUUUGCUCGACAAGAUAAAAAUGCCUAACCGGAAGAAACCGCUGGCUGCUGAGAAAGCACUGAGAAAACAAUUAUUUAUGGAUGACAAAUUUGAUCGACUUUAUGGCCAAACGUUUUAUUUACAUGACGAUUUGACGAAAAUCCAAAAAAUAUACACUCAAAUCUUAUUGCGAAUGCACGGUGCUGAUUUGAGUGCAAAGCAAAGUAGUGUUGUUACUCAUAUAGUAGUCCCUGACAGGAAAAUAAUGUAUGAUAACCUACCAAAGAAAACGACCAUUGUUGAUAUAUGCUGGUUGGAAAACACGCUUGAUGUACAGUAA